AUGGCCGAUUCUUCUAACGCUCACAAGACCAAAACCCCCUCUGGACAUCGCGUACGAUGCAUCAUCAUUGGAGCUGGCGUGUCUGGGAUACUCAUGGCGUACAAGCUGCGGACCUACCUGAAGGACUACGUAGAUUUCCACAUAUACGAAAAGUCACCAGAUCUCGGAGGGACUUGGUUUGAGAAUAGGUACCCCGGCUGCGCCUGCGAUGUUUCUAGCCAUGUUUAUCAGUUCUCCUUCGCGCCAAACCCUGACUGGUCCCAGUUCUUUGCUUCGUCGUCGGAAAUACAGCAUUACCUCAAGGCUGUCUGCCGCCAAUUUGACCUGGAGAGUUACAUCAGCUACAACUCCAAGGUGGCAGAGGCACAGUGGCAGGAAGACAAAGGCGUCUGGUCGGUCAAAGUUGAAGGCCUCGACGCCACGGAAGUACAUCAGAGCGAGAUCCUCGUGAAUGCGGGCGGCAUCUUGAACAACUUCAAAAUGCCCGAAAUUCCAGGCCUUUCGGAUUUCGGCGGACCGAUCGUCCAUACUGCUGCGUGGGAUGACAGUGUUGACUUGCUUGGCAAGCGGGUUGCCAUUAUCGGUGCCGGUGCAAGCGCUGUCCAGUUGCUUCCGGCCAUACAGCCUCUGUGCAGGUCCAUCGAUGUUUACAUACGAACGCCGUCGUGGAUCUGCCCCCCAGUCGGGCUGCCACCAGGGAGCAUCGAAAACCCAUCUUACACAAACGCAGAGAAGCGCAGGUUCCGGGAGGAUGCCGCAUACUCGCUUACGAUGCGAAAAGCCAUGGAAACCGAGUUCAAUAACAUGUUCGCAGCGUUCUUCAAAGACAGCCUGGAGCAAAAUGACAUGCGUGCACAAUACCAACACUACAUGUCGAGUCUCAUCCCGGAUCUUGGUCUUCGGGCGCGACUUAUUCCGUCGUUUGAAGCAGGAUGUCGUCGCAUCAACCCAUCGGCGCCGUACCUCGCCGCGCUUCAGAAAUCCAACGUUCACCCCAUCUUCGAUCGCAUCUCCCGUAUCAGAAAGGAUGGGAUUGUCCUUGCUUCCUCGGAAAGGCACCAGGAGGAAGGCGACACGCAUACUGCCGAUGUCCUCAUCUCUGCGACCGGCUUCGACACAAGCUUUCGUCCAAGAUUUCCCAUCAUCGGCCGGGGAGGAGUGGAUUUGAGGGACCUGUGGAAGACUGAACCUGCCUCGUACAUGGGAAUCGGCGUAGCGGGAUUUCCAAACUACAUGACGUUUCUAGGGCCUAACACGCCCAUCUCGAACGGAGGUCUGAUGGGUGUUCUCGAGGCAACGAGCGAUUACUUCGUGCGCCUUCUCGCCGAGUUUUGUCGCAAAGACGUCAAGUCAUUCGACGUGACGCAGACUGCACAAAACGACUUCUCCCAGCACACGUCGGAAUACAUGAAAGACAUGGUGUGGUCUGGCUCCUGUCGUAGCUGGUUCAAAUCAGAGACCACGGGCCGUGUCUCGGCGCUGUGGCCAGGCAGUUCCCUCCAGUACAUCCAGGUGCUUGCCGAAGACCGAUUCCAUGACUACGCAUGGUCGUUCAAAGGCAACCGGUUCGCACAUUGGAACAAGGGCUUUUCGUGGAUCGAGAGGCCAGACCUCGACCCGUUGGGUGUCGCCAUGGCCGAAGCGCGGAGGAGCAUGAACACUCUGCCUUACGCCGGAGCAGAUCUUAGCUUCUACCUCACCGAGGCAAAGCCGCUGCCCGUCGACACAGACGUAGACGAUGAGAAACCUGCGGUGACGACCUUUUGGGGGUAG